UGGGAACCAUGUGACGGUGCAUUGUAUUAUGAACUCUACCAUAAAUUGCCUGAUUAUUUCCUCCGCCAAGUUUCCAACCUUUAAGACUUGACUCUGUGAAGUUGACUGUGAAUCUAACAAUGGUAUAUGAUUGCCAUCUUUAUCAAGUAUAUGACAAUAAACUUGAACUUGUAUACAUGGCGAGAUGUGUGUUUUAUGUCCUCCAGUGUCCCUGUCACAGCCCAUCAUCUCUGUGAGUGCCCCAGAGGGAGAGCUGGUCUUAGGGCCCAACGGCCCAGAGGUCCCCUGGGGCCAAAGCUUCUCCAUCGUCUGCUCCACCAAGCCGCAGUACCAAGGAGGCUCUUUCCACCUCACCUCUGAUGGGUCAGCGGAGAUCUGGACUGAGCAGGCGGUCAAUCACUCUGCCUCUUUCGACUUUCCUGAAGCAGACUUUUUCCAUUCAGGGAACUACAGCUGCUUCUAUGAGGUCACUCUGUCUGCACGUGUGUUCACCUCCGGAAAAACAGAUGUGCUUUGUGUGAUCAUAAGAGCACUGACGUGGAUGGAGUGGUCUCACCAUAUAGCAUCUGUACAUCCCUCUGUGGUCUAUGGGGCAGCACUUGGGCUGUUGCUCCUUGUGAUAGUCCUGUGCUCAGUGUUGCUGUGGAAGAAAAACACGACACAGCAUGUAUAUGUGAUCAAUGACGAAUACUGGCCGAUGACGUCAUUUGAAGUACCAAAGCCAACAGAGCCAGUGAAGGCAGAGCAGAUACCAUCUCAGCUGGAGGAAGAAGUUGAAUUUGCAUCUUAAGCAGACCACAGUAUAUAUGUGAGGGUAACGAUCUGUGCUUUUGCUUCCGUGAUUCGUUGUGAUUGCGCCCCACCUGUCUGAUGCUGUGUUUUUAUUCAUGUUAAAAGUUAGGGUUUUUUGUAAUGCAUCCAU